AUGAGGCAGGUCCGCGAAGAGUUUCAGCAACUCAUCGACGAAGGAUUUAUCGACGAGUUAAUGCAGGAAGAGUCUAGAAGAGGGGAGGGUGUAAUCUCGGAGGCAAACCUGCCUACACCCCCUGGUGAUCUGGCGGUUGUGAUGUGGAUCAAAAGAACCGCAAAAGAAGUGGCCUUUUGGGAUAAAUCCCAUAAUGGGUUUGCCAAAGGAGGAUUUAUUGGCGAGCUGAGGCUGUACAAUAGGCUUGUUGAUCGCUUACCGGAUCUGCAGGCCAAGGUAAAACCCCCUUCUGGCGGGUAUCAUAAUCAUCAAACUAUCACCAAGACUCUAGUGAGGAUGGUAUCGCAGGGAUAUAUCGAGGAGCUUGAGGCCGAAGGCAAGUUGAGGCAAAACCAGAGCCAGCAGGUCGGAAUGUUUGACCAGGAAUCGGUUGGGACGUCUGAUGAAUCCAACUCUUCUACAAGGGCCACUCGAGGUACUCACAUUGGACAAAGCAGUUUUUCCAUGAGGGAAGAUGCAGACUAUUAUCCUGCAUUGAACGAUACCAGGGAAAUCGCUCCGGGAAAGGACACCACCGGUACCUGUUUUCGCAACAUAUUCCGCAGUGUACACAGUAAAUCCCGUUCCGAUUUUACAGACACCCCCAAAGCCAGUGAUGAUACGUCUGCCUCUUGUUGUGCCACGAUUGCAACUUCCUGCUCGGAAUACUAUUCUCGUUUGAGAGAAAUAGACGCUGAAUCCAUAGUUAUUCCGGACCUCCGUGCGCUGCCGCCAAUUUCAAUCCCUGCGAGCACACAACAUGCAAUCCUUUACACUCUACAGUACAAUCUCGAAAUAGCCUUUUUCGAAUUUGUGCAGAAAUACUACCCUGGAUUUCUCGCUUCCAAUGGCUUGACCCACGCACAGACUGUCACCCUUAACGUCUGGACCGCCAUUUUUCUCAAGGCCUGUUCCAAGGGCGAGAUCUCCCUGGGCACUCGAGCUUUGCGAUCCAUCACCGUAGUUUUUGAAGAUUUUGACGAGUUGUUUGAAGCUUCUAUUAAGCGCCUUAUACUGGACGGGAAUAGAGUCGCUGAGCUCACUGCGUCCGCUGCGUAUACAAUGAAGUACCUCGGAGAUCGGUUUCGUGCUGGGAAGGUCAACGAGAUUAGCUUGGCCCUUGUAACCGCUUGCACCGAAGACAUCGUCAAUAACUUCACAAGAAUCACCAAUGAGCUCCAAGAUACCAGGGAGAAGAUCGCUAUGGGGAGGAAGAAACUCGACAUGCUUGAAGAGAAGCUUAAGCGGAGGUCAGAUAGGGAGAUGAAGGAACUGGUUGAGCGCUUGGAGGGAUCUCUCCGUCAGGAGCUCGGGGCUCUUCAAAUUCUGGAUAGAACUAUCAUUAAUUGA